UCUCUUAUACAGAAACACAUUUUCUUGCAGGCAAUACUUUCUUUGUGUGCUGAGCUGAGUAAACUAAUCACCCAACCCAACACGGAAGAACACGAACGAAAAUGGCAUAAACAAAUCAACACACAGAUCCCAAAGCUCCAACCUCAUCUCAUCAAAAUCCCAAUUCUUUUCUCUCCUUUCUCAACCCCCGAAAUUGCUCCCAAUCAAUGUCUCGAAUACUCUUCACUACAUGGAACAAGCACAGAAACAAGCUUCAUCCCAACCCAAAAAUCCUUUCUUCUUCUCCUUCUUCUUCUUCACAUGCCUACUUCACCCUUUCGCCCCAUCAUCAUCAGCAGCAGCAGCAGCGUCACCGCGUCCUCACCAACACCAGCACUUUCUUGUUCUACCAUAGGCUACUCCAGCACCGCCAAAAAUGGGGCCGUGGAGGCUCGGACGACCCUAUUACCCGGUCCAGGAGGAUCCGAGCCGAUCCGAAUUGCCCACGCUGCUCCAGGGACAUGAUUGUAAUUGACAACCUCAAGCUCCCAACUCGCCAGGGAGGUCACCAAUUCAAUGGUACUGUGAACCUUUGCCCCAACUGUAACGCUGCCUAUUACUUCAGCCCUUAUGGCGUUGCGCCUCUUCAAGGUAGCUUUUUGGAGAUUGGGGCUCAGAGGGUCUCUGAAAAAAACGAUCUUGAUGAUGACGAUGAUGUUGAUUUUGAUUCUACUAAGGUGCCUAGGAGAAUCAAUGGGUUUGGUGGUAGAGUGUUGAAUAGUAAUGGUGGUGGUGGUGGUGAUGGGGAUAGUAAUGCACCUGGUUCAGGUGAUGGGAAUGGUGGUGGUGGUGGUGUUGCUGUGCAUAGUCCUCCAGGGCCACCUUUUGCUCCUGGUGUUAAUGUUAUAAGGGCUUCUGGGCCCCGAGAAGGUGGUUCCGGUGGCAGCAGUGGAAGUGAGAAGAGUUCAUGGGGUGGUUCCAAUUUGGGGAGGGACUUGCCAACUCCAAAGGAGAUUUGUAAGGGUCUUGACAAGUUUGUAAUUGGUCAGGACAGGGCCAAAAAGGUUCUAUCAGUAGCUGUUUAUAACCACUACAAAAGAAUAUACCAUGCUUCUCAACAGAAAGGGUCAGAGGCUGAUUCUGGAAUUCCAGAAGGAUUAGAUAAUGAUGAUGUCGAGCUGGAAAAGAGUAAUGUUCUCUUGAUGGGUCCAACAGGGUCAGGGAAGACAUUACUUGCUAAGACGCUAGCUCGGUUCGUGAAUGUUCCAUUUGUCAUUGCUGAUGCAACAACCUUAACUCAGGCUGGUUAUGUUGGAGAAGAUGUGGAAUCAAUAUUGUAUAAAUUACUGGCGGCAGCAGAGUUCAAUGUUCAAGCAGCUCAACAAGGGAUAGUCUACAUUGAUGAAGUGGACAAGAUAACUAAGAAGGCUGAGAGCUUAAAUAUUAGCCGAGAUGUUUCAGGCGAGGGUGUUCAGCAGGCACUAUUAAAAAUGCUGGAAGGAACUGUAGUAAAUGUUCCUGAGAAAGGAGCAAGGAAACAUCCACGAGGUGAUAAUAUACAGAUCGACACAAAGAAUAUUCUUUUUAUAUGUGGAGGUGCCUUCAUUGAUCUUGAAAAAACAAUUUCAGAGAGACGACAUGAUUCUUCCAUUGGUUUUGGAGCACCAGUUCGUGCCAAUAUGAGGACUGGUCAACUAACAAAUGCAGCCAUAGCAUCAUCUUUACUUGAGUCGGUGGAAAGUGCUGAUCUUAUUGCAUAUGGUCUCAUACCAGAGUUUAUUGGACGAUUUCCGAUUUUAAUUAGCUUGUCAGCUUUAACUGAAGAACAGCUUAUGCAGGUUCUCUCAGAACCGAAAAAUGCACUUUCUAAGCAGUACAAGAAAUUAUUUAGCAUGAAUAAUGUCAAACUACACUUCACAGAGAAAGCUAUGAGAUUGAUCGCCAAGAAAGCAAUGGCAAAAAAUACUGGCGCCAGGGGUUUAAGAGCCCUACUGGAAAACAUUUUAACUGAAGCCAUGUAUGAGAUUCCAGAUGUCAAGACAGGAAACGAACAGAUUGAUGCAGUUGUUGUCGAUGAGGAAUCAGUAGGAUCAGUUAACGCCGUUGGUUGCGGAGGAAAAAUUCUCCGUGGCGAAGGUGCUUUAGAGCGGUACCUUGCUAAGAUGGAGGACUCAAAGGUUAAGGGUGAUGUAGCUGAAUCUGACUUGCAAGAUGGGGAACAAGAGAUCACAUCAAGAGCAAUGAGCAUGUAAUGUUUAUGUCUAUACUUCAUACCAUAAUAAUCAAGAUGUAUAAUGUCAUUGUUAUUGUUGUUUGUAAAAAGUAUAUUCAUAAGUUGCUGUAAUUAUCCCUUGUAUAACAGCAUAGCUACAUUGGAUAGGAAGGAAAUAGAAAGAAAUGAAAGAUGUAGCAUUGCUAGUUUAGGCAGCACUUAAUACAAAAGUUUAAGGGUUUUACUUUUCAUUUAAAUAAAAACCUGGCAUUGUGCAAUUUUAAUUGACAUUUUUUAAGUACCUAAGAAUUAUAUUAUUCCUAAUAGAUGGGUA